GCGCUUCAUACGUCUGUAUAUCCACAAGCAAAGAUAAAUUCAAAAAAAGAAGACAUGCAAAUUGUCGAAAUGCCGAAAUCAGUGGCGAGUUUACAAUUUAUCGCAGACCAAGAUGUCGGAACAAAUCCUGAACUGCAACUUAAAUGUUACCAAAAGUGGCCUUUUGAAAAAAUAUGGAACUAUGUUACUAAGGAUUUUAAGUUACUUCACGAUGAUGAGGCGCCAACGGUUCUUGAAAUUGGAACUAUGUUUCUAUCAUGGGAGCAUGUAGAAAUAUAUUUUGAGAAGUAUUGUCGGGAAAAGGGAUUUUGUUAUCGCCAAAAAUCAAUAACAACAGACAUAGUUGGAACAGUGCGCACGAUAAGUUAUGCUUGUACGGAGGGCGCGAUUUAUGAACGUUCGAAGCGCCUUAGAAAAAUUGUACCAUGCAGAUGGAAAAUUACUCUUGAUAAAGCAAAGACUGAUA